CUCUAUGCUUCCUGGCAGAGCUGUGUCAAUAAAGAGAAACUCAAUGGAUCUGGUCAUGUUGCUGGUGCUCACUCUCACCUGUCUUAUUCUCCUGUCAAUCUGGAGACAGAGUUCUGGGAGAGGAAAGCUCCCCCCAGGCCCUAUUCCUCUCCCAAUUAUUGGCAAUAUCUUUCAGCUAAAUGUGAAGAACAUCACCCAAUCCUUAACCAGUGGUGAAACUGUUCUCUUAACAGAUGCCCAUGCUUUGUGCAGCUUUGGUACUACACAGUCUCCACACUUGUGGUAAUGAUAGAAUUAACUUGGGGUCCUCACUAUGGAUUUUCUCUUUUAUUCCUGAAGUUCUCAAAAGUGUAUGGUCCUGUAUUUACUCUUUACUUUGGCCUGAAGCCCACUGUGAUAUUGCAUGGAUAUGAAGCAGUAAAAGAAGCUUUGAUUGAUCAUGGGGAGGAGUUUGCUGAAAGAGGAAGCUUCCCAGUAGUUGAAAAAAUUAAUAAAGACCUUGGAAUUGCUUUUAGCCAUGGAAAUAGAUGGAAAGAAAUACGACGCUUUACCCUCACAACUCUGCGGAAUUUGGGCAUGGGGAAAAGGAACAUUGAGGAUCAUGUUCAAGAGGAAGCACGGUGCCUUGUGGAGGAACUGAGGAAAACCAAUGGCUCACCCUGUGACCCCACGUUUAUCCUGGGCUGUGCUCCUUGCAAUGUCAUCUGCUCCAUUAUUUUCCAGAAUCGUUUUGAUUAUAAAGAUCAGGAUUUUCUUAACUUGAUGGAAAAACUCAAUGAGAACAUGAAGGUUUUGAGCAGUCCCUGGACACAGUUUUGCAGUUUUUUCCCUGUUUUAAUUGAUUAUUGUCCGGGAAGUCAUACGACAUUAGCUAAAAAUAUAUAUUAUAUUAGAAACUACCUUCUGAAGAAAAUAAAAGAACAUCAAGAAUCACUGGAUGUUACAAAUCCUCGGGACUUUAUUGAUUAUUACCUAAUUAAGUGGAAGCAGGAAAGUCACAAUCCACAUUUGGAAUUUACACUUGAGAACUUAUCAGUCACUGUGACUGAUUUGUUUGGUGCUGGGACAGAGACAACAAGCACAACACUGAGAUAUGCUCUCCUGCUCCUGCUGAAGUAUCCAGAAGUCACAGCUAAAGUCCAGGAAGAGAUUGAUCGUGUGGUUGGCAAACAUCGCAGCCCUUGCAUGCAGGACAGGAGCCGCAUGCCCUACACAGAUGCCAUGAUUCAUGAGGUUCAGAGGUUCAUUGACCUCAUUCCUACCAACCUGCCACAUGCGGUGACCUGUGACAUUAAGUUCAGGAACUACCUAAUACCCAAGGGAACAACAAUAAUAACAUCACUCUCAUCAGUGCUGCAUGACAGCAAGGAAUUCCCCGACCCAGAGAUAUUUGACCCUGGCCACUUUUUAGAUGGGAAUGGAAAGUUUAAGAAAAGUGACUAUUUCAUGCCUUUCUCAGCAGGAAAACGGAUGUGUGCAGGAGAGGGCCUAGCCCGCAUGGAGUUAUUUUUAUUCCUGACCACAAUUUUACAGAACUUUAAGCUGAAAUCUGUACUUCAACCAAAGGAUAUUGAUACAACUCCAGUUUUCCAUGGAUUUGCCUCUCUACCACCAUUUUAUGAGCUGUGCUUCAUUCCUCUCUAAAGAGAUCAAAUUGCCUGGCUCCUGAUGUGUUGUAUUUUCUCCCUUCAAAUAACUCCUAUAUUCUUCAAGAUUCAAGAAAUAUCCAUAUUGCAUUUUCCAGUUUCUGGAGUCACUGCUCACAUAUAUCUGCACUUCCCUAUUCUCUGUAACAGUCUCCCCAUCUCAUGUACCUAUGUAGAUCUAAAUUUGAGUUCUUACUGUGGUUUAGCUGUAGCACUGGUAAUUCACAAAAAUUUAUCUUCUUUAUGUUCUCAAAAAUAAGAUCUUUUGAUUGAGUUGCCUUUGUUCAGUGUUUCCUUACAAUUCAGGCUAAAACCAAAACACUAGAUUCUCAAUAUAUCAUGUUGUUCCAUAUAAUGAUAACAGAGCAUGUAAAGUGGCAGUUCUGGGGAGGAACAGGUUCCCCCUGUUGCCCUUUUCAUUCAAGUCUGAAGACCCAACCUUCAUCUUCAGUGCAUGUCUCAAAGUCAAUGCAUGUGCUCGUUAUACCAGGGUUUGAGAGGCAGGCACAGGAGGAUCCCUUGGGUUUCCUGGUCACCCAUAUUAGAUUAAUAGCCGUACUAGGGAGAUAAACUGUCUCGCAAAACAAGACAAGAUGUUUCUAAAAGAAACAGUACUAGUAAAAGUUUUACUUCUGGCCUUUACAUAGAUAUGACUCUCUUCUCAACUGUUUUUUUUUUUUUUUUUUUUUUUUUUUUUUUUUUUUUUGGAGCUGGGGACCGAACCCAGGGCCUUGCGCUUCCUAGGCAAGCGCUCUACCACUGAGCUAAAUCCCCAACCCCCAUGACUCUCUUCUCAAACAUCCAACUAUUCAUGCACACACUAUCUUCCCCUUUAACUAAUAUAAACGGGAAUGUGAAUGGGAGAUUAGUAAGAAAGCUUUUUUUUCCUUAAUGUUAAGUAUAGCCACUAGCAGUAUUUGUGUUUGAAACAUAUAAAUGCUGAUGAGGAACUGAAGCACUCUGUAGACAAAUAUAAUGAAGACAACUCACAGGGAGGAAUAAACAUGCAGGUUGUGUCAAGAUUUGCUUUCAACAAUACUGACAAAAGACUCUUAGUGCUUUUUCCUUUGAUUUAUUCUUUCUUCAUAUAGCAUCUCCUCACUACAGCCCCUCCCCCAACAUUCCACUUCUUCAAGUUCCUCUUGAAGGAACCAUUAUUCUUCCCCAGAUCCAUUGUUCUUUCAUUUCCCUUCAGAAAAUAGCAGGCCUUCUAGGGAUAUCAAGCCAACUUGGUAUAAAAAGGUGUGACAAGAUUAGCCACAAAUCGUCAUAUCAAGGUUCGACUCGACAAGGAAGAGGAAAAUGGUCCAAAGAGUAGACAACUGAGGCAGAGAUACCCAGACUCCUCCUGUUAGGAGUCCUCAAAACACUAAGCUAUGCAACCACAUCAUGUAUGCAGAGGACCUAAUGCAGACCCAUUUGGUCUUUGCUUCCAUCUAUGUGAACUGUUAUGAGCUCUGAAUAGUUGAUUAUCUAGGCUGUGUUCUCAUGAUGAUUUUUUUUUGUAUACAUGUGCUUUUAGGACUGACCACUUGGUAUUUGUGCUAGUAAGAACUUUUUCCCAUGGGAUUUGGGUGCAUGAAACUGUGGGAUGUUACCAGUUCACUUCCGGGCAGAGCCAAAAACAGGAAGGGCUCUGACCCCAAGGAAUUCUGCCUCUGUGUAUCCUGAAUCCACCAAGCAGGUCACUUGGUAGCAGAAAAGUGGGUCUUAUGUCUGCUCUUAACUGUGGUGGCGCUUCUGGGACUGUCUUCCAGCUCUAGGCGUGGGCAGGAAUUAAAGGGUCCUGCCCCUAAUUGCUCCUAUAGGUUCUUGCACCCAGUGGCCACAGAUGGCACUGUGCAAUUCUCUUGGGUCUGGACUGUGGGCAGAGGAUCUUCUCCUCUCACUUCUCAGAAGUAUCCACACUUCUGAAUGUCCAACUCUCUCCCCCAUGGGAUAUUGGUGCAGGGAGCUGUUUGGCCAGUUCAUUAAGGUCCUGGGCACAGAAAAUUAAUUAUUCCAUUUGUUUACACUUCAAAUGAUAUCUCCCUUGCCAGUUAACUCACUAUACCACACCCAUGCCAUCUACCAUCUCCCCUCUCAGCUUUGCCUACAUUAGGGUGCUUCCCACCCCAUCCACCCACUCCUGCCCCACCAUUCCAGCAUCCUCUUAUGCUGGGGCAUCAAAUCUCCCCAGUACCUCUGGCUUUCCCCCAUUGAUGUCAGGUAAGGCCAUACUUAGCCAUAUAUGUAUCUGGAGCCGUGGAUCCUUCCCUGUACACCCCUUGGUGCUAUAAUUCCUGGGAGCACUAGGUAGUCUGGAUAGCUGAUGUUGCUCUUCCUAUGGGGCUGCAAUCCCCCUCUGCUACCCCAUCCCUUCUGCUGUCUCCCCUACCAGAGGCCUGGAGCUCAGUGUGAUGGUUGGCUCCAAGCUUCUACAUCUGCACUGAUCAGUUGCUGGCUGAACCUCCCAGUUAACAGCUAGACCAGGUUCCUGUUAGCAUUUGCCUCUUGUCAACAGCAACAGUGUCAAGAUUGGUGUCUGCAGACAGAAUAAAUACCCAGAUGAGAUUGUCCCCCCAUGGUCCUUCCUUCAGUCUCUGCUCCAUUUUUUGUCCCUGUUCUUCCUUUGAACAGGAAUAUUAAUGUGUUAAAAACCUUGUGAUGGGUGGAUGGCACUUUACAUCAAAUGGGGGUUGUGCCUAUCUACUGAAAGUGGUCUCAACAGGUUCUAUCUCCCCUUCCCUGUGCCUUUUGGCUAAAGUCAUCACUGUUGAGUCCCUCAAGGGUAUCUUAGACCCUCCACUCUCUACCCCAUUUCUUCAUCCCCCACUGCUACAUAUUGCUACUGUAUCUCCUGACCCUCUGUUUCUCUCUCCUGUCUCUUUCAGUGCCUGAUUCUGCCCACCUUUUUUCCUCUCCUGUUCUCUUCCUCCCAGGUGGCCCCUCCGUCCACUUCCUGAAAUUGUCCAGUACCCGCUCUAUGAAGGACUGAAGUGUCCACACCUACUCUUCCUUCCUUUUAAGUUCCAUAUAGUCUGUGGGUUGUGUCGUGGGCAUUGCGGUCUUUUGGGCUAAUAUUCACUUAUCAGUGAGUACAUACUAUGUGUGUUCUUUAGUGACUGUGUUACCUCAUUCAAAAUAAUAUUUUCUAGUUCCAACCAUUUGCCUAAGAAUUACCUGUAGUCGAGAAAGAACUGGAAGAGCUUGAAGGGGCUCGAGACCCCAUAUGCCCAACAAUGCCAAGCAACCAGAGCUUCCAGGGACUAAGCCACUACCUAAAGACUAUACAUGGACUGACCCUGGACUCUGACCUCAUAAGUAGCAAUGAAUAUCCUAGUAAGAGCACCAGUGGAAGGGGAAGCCCUGGGUCCUGCUAAGACUGAACCCCCAGUGAACUAGACU